UACCAAUUCUGUAUAAGUUCAGCCUCAUGCUGAGUGCUGUCCUGUUGCCUUUCCAGCUCAGCAUGGCUAGGAUGGUGGUAGCACCAGUAACCCUGGUGUUGCUGGGCCUGUGCUGGUCCCUGGCUGUUGCCAACCCGCUUCCUUCUGCUCAUGGGAAUGUUGCUGAAGGUGAAAGUGGGACCAAACCAGACUCCGAUGUAAUCGAGCGAUGCUCAGAUGACUGGAGCUUUGAUGCUGCCACCCUGGAUCACAAGGGGACCAUGCUGUUCUUUAAAGGGGAGUUUGUGUGGAAGGGUCACCAAGGGAUCCGAGAAACAAUCUCAGAGAGAUGGAAGAAUUCCACCAGCUCAGUGGAUGCUGCAUUCCGCCAUGGGUCUGACAAUGUCUUCCUCAUCAAGGGAGACAAAGUCUGGGUAUACCCUCCUGCAAAGAAGGAAAACGGAUAUCCAAAGUUGCUCCAAGAAGAAUUUCCUGGAAUCCCAUACCCACUGGAUGCAGCUGUGGAAUGUCACCAUGGAGAAUGCCAGAGUGAAGGCAUACUCUUCUUCCAAGGUAACCGCAAGUGGUUCUGGGACUUUGCUACAAAAACCAAAAAGGAGCGUUCUUGGCCAGCUGUUGGGAAUUGCACUGCAGCCUUGAGGUGGCUUGAACGAUACUACUGCUUCCAGGGCAACCAGUUCCUGCGCUUCAACCCAGUCACAGGAGAGGUGCCUCCCAGAUACCCCUUGGAUGCCCGUGACUACUUCAUGUCCUGCCCUGGCAGAGGCCAUGGAAGACACAGAAAUGCAACUGGCCACAGGAAUAGCACCCAUCCUAUGCAUUCACGCUGUAGCCCAGAUCCCGGCUUGACUGCUUUGAUGUCUGACCACCGUGGAGCCACCUAUGCCUUCAGUGGCUCCCACUACUGGCGUCUGGACUCCAGCCGUGAUGGGUGGCAUAGCUGGCCCAUUGCUCAUCAUUGGCCCCAGGGGCCUUCAACAGUAGAUGCUGCCUUUUCCUGGGAUGACAAAGUCUAUCUCAUCCAGGGCACUCAAGUAUAUGUCUUCCUGACAAAGGGAGGCAAUACCCUAGUAAGUGGUUAUCCAAAGCGGCUGGAGAAGGAAAUUGGGAGCCCUCCUGGGAUCAGCCUUGAGACUGUGGAUUCAGCCUUUACCUGCCCUGGUUCCUCCAAGCUCUAUGUCACAGUAGGACGGCGGCUAUGGUGGCUGGACCUGAAGUCAGGUGCUCAGGCGACAUGGACAGAGCUUUCUUGGCCUCAUGAAAAAAUUGAUGGGGCUGUGUGUUUGGAAAAGUCCCUUGGUCCCAACUCAUGUUCUUCCAGUGGUCCCAGCUUGUACCUUAUCCAUGGACCCAAUUUGUAUUGCUACAGCAGUAUAGGCAAACUGAAUGCUGCCAAGAUGGUCUCUCAGCCCCAGAAAGUAAACAGUCUCCUUGGCUGCAGUCAGUAAGAAGCUGAUGGGAAUUAGCCGAGCUCAGCCCAGCCCAGCCCAGCCACUUCUCCAUUUUCAUCCUAAUAAAACCAGAUGGCUUCUUCACAUGAA